UCUCUCUCUCUCUAAAAACACGUCAAAAGAGCGAAAUCCAUUACCCCCUCCUCUCUCUCUCUCUAAAAACACGUCAAAAGAGCUAAAUCCAUUCCCCCCCUCUCUCUCUUCCAUGGCCUCCUUCAAUGGAACCCCUCCAGUUUCUCUUACUACAACGAAGCCCUCACCUGUCCACCAUCACCAACCACCUCAGAAGUUCACCUUCAACUCUGCAACAAAACCCACCUCCAAAAAUGCAUCGGCUUCUCACUCUUUAUCCCCUAACUUCCCCUCUUUCUCUUCCUCUCUCUCUCAUCCCCAAACCCAAAAGCCCAAACCAGAGCUUGGGUCCGAUUUCAAUGGAAGAAGGUCCACUCGCUUUGUCUCGAAGAUGCAUUUUAAUCGCCCAAAACAUGGACCUAAACGCCACAGCUCCGUGGCGGAAACCGCGCUGGGUCACUUGACCUGUGCAGAUAGUGAUGCAACCGUAGAAGCCAUAUUGACCAACUUGGUGUUUUCUGUCUCUAGCUCUGAGGACUUUCUCUUUCUUCUUCGAGAGCUCGGAAACAGGGGGGAGUGCUCGAAAGCCAUUAGAUGCUUCGAGUUUGCAGUCUCUAGAGAGAAACGAAGAACCGAACAAGGUAAACUUGUUAGUGUGAUGAUAAGCAUAUUGGGUAGGUUGGGUAAAGUUGAUAUUGCAAGAGAAGUGUUUGAAACUGCAAGAAAAGAUGGGUAUGGUAACUCAGUUUAUGCUUUUUCUUCAUUAAUUAACGCUUAUGGUCGAAGUGGCCACUGUGGAGAGGCCUUGGGGGUAUUCGAAAUGAUGAGAAACUCAGGUUUUAAGCCAAAUUUGGUCACGUAUAAUUCGGUCAUCGAUGCUUGUGGAAAGGGGGGUGUUGAAUUUAGUCGGGCUUUGAAAGUUUUUGAAGAAAUGGAGAGAGAAGGGGUAAAGCCUGAUCGAAUAACCUUCAAUUCAUUACUCGCAGUGUGUAGUCGAGGUGGGUUUUGGGAGGAGGCUAAAAAAUGUUUCAAUGAGAUGGUUUUUCGUGGAAUUGAUAGGGAUGUAUUCACAUACAAUACACUUUUGGAUGCAGUUUGUAAAGGUGGGCAAAUGGAACUGGCCUUAGAAAUCAUGUCUGAUAUGCCAAGCAAGAAUGUAUUACCAAAUGUAGUGACUUAUAGCACCAUGAUUGAUGGUUAUUUUAAGGCUGGGCGAUUGGAAGAAGCCCUUAAUUUAUUUCAAGAGAUGAAGCUUGCUGGUAUUAAUCUUGAUAGGGUAUCUUAUAACACAUUGCUGUCUAUUUAUGCUAGAAUGGGUCUUUUUGAUGAUGCUUUGAGAGUUUGUGGUGAGAUGGAGAGGGCUGGAAUUAAGAGAGAUGCUGUUACAUAUAAUUCUUUAUUGGGUGGUUAUGGAAAGCAAGGGAAAUAUGAUGUGGUGAAGCACUUGUUUAAGGAAAUGAAGGUUGAGGCAGUAAGGCCUAAUGUAUUGACUUACUCAACACUUAUUGAUAUUUAUUCGAAAGGCGGACUUCUUAAAGAGGCAUUGGAGGUUUUCAUGGAAUUUAAGAGGGUGGGACUUAAGGCCGAUGUUGUUCUUUACAGUGCACUGAUUGAUGCCUUGUGCAAGAAUGGAUUGGUGGAAUCAGCCUUUUUAUUGCUAGAUGAGAUGACUGGUGAAGGGAUUAGGCCUAAUGUUGUGACUUACAAUUGUAUCAUUGAUGCCUUUGGCCGCUCGAACCAGACUCAAGUUCAAAAUGAUUCUUAUGAAAUGGGGAAAGGCCCUUUGGACAGCAGCAUGAUUGAUUCUUCAUCUGAGAUUGUUCUUGCUGAGGUGUCUAGGGGAAUGGCAAAAGAAAAUGAGGGAAUUGAUCAUUUGGUGAAGAUGCUUGGUCCGCCACCACUUGACAAAAGGCACCCUGUUAUUAAAAACAUGAAAGGGAAGUCACAUGAGAUGUUAUGCAUAUUAGCUUUGUUCCACAAGAUGCAUGAGAUGGACAUAAGACCAAAUGUGGUAACCUUCUCUGCCAUUUUGAAUGCUUGCAGCCGUUGUCAUUCCUUUGAUGAUGCGUCCAUGUUGUUGGAAGAACUCCGUUUGUUUGACAAUCAGGUAUAUGGUGUUGCACACGGACUUUUGAUGGGUCUUAGAAAGGAUAUAUGGGUGCAAGCACAAUCUCUUUUCGAUGAAGUGAGACGUAUGGAUUCUUCUACUGCAUCAGCCUUCUAUAAUGCUUUGACAGACAUGCUUUGGCAUUUUGGCCAGAGACGGGGCGCUCAGCUUGUUGUUAUGGAAGGAAAGCGCCGGCAAGUUUGGGAGAAUGUGUGGUGUGAAUCAUGCUUGGAUUUACAUCUUAUGUCUGCUGGAGCUGCUCAAGCAAUGGUUCAUGCUUGGUUGCUAACUAUACGCUCAGUUGUAUUUGAAGGCCAUGAAUUACCAAAGCUUCUAAACAUUCUAACAGGGUGGGGAAAACACAGCAAAGUGGCAGGUGACAGCUCUCUUCGAAAGGCUAUAGAGGCACUUCUUACAAGUAUUGGGGCCCCAUUUGAAGUUGCAAAAUUCAAUGUUGGAAGGUUCAUAUCAACGGGUGCUGUAGUAGGUGCAUGGUUAAAAGAAUCAAGGACACUCAAGCUCCUUAUUUUACAUGAUGAGAGAACCGACCCUGAAGCAAGGUUAGAUCAAUUAUCUAAUUUGCAAGUACUUACUUUGUAGGAAUCAUUUUGAAAUUGGGCAUAUAAUAUGGAAAGCAUGUUUUCCUCUAGUGACUUGGAGGGUUGUUUACAUAGCUCCCUGCAUAAUUUGUGAUUGAGGAAGGGAGUAACUUGACAUAUUUUUCGGCUUCUAUAUCGUUCUGGCCAAAUAUGAAGAUAGAUUCCCUUGUAACAUAUGAAUGUAGCUUGGGUUUUGGACAAGCAGCCCUUCAAUUUUUGAGCAACAAUGGUUUGGAGGGUCUGAUCUUCCAUUAAUGUAUGCCCCUGUGAAUGCAUUAUGACCAAUCUCAUGUAUUUAGACAUUUUACCAAACCAUUACUCAUUUGUCCAUCUGAGUUGUUAUCUAUUUUUAUUUUUUUAAAAUAACAAUGAGACUUUCCUGUUAUUGAACCUUCGAUUUCUACCAUUUCUC